AUGAUUAACAUAAAAUAUAAAUUACAAAAUACAUGCUUCUAUUGUAAGCAUGUAGAAUUGCGUUCAAUGAAUCAAGAUUACGCACACAUGGCUAAGGUAUUAAUAAAGAUUUACAGUUGGGAAACUGGUUCUUAUAUCAAUGAAAUGAGAUCUACCGAUUUAAUGUUUGGAGGAUUCAGGAAUUCUGGUCCUAGUGCUGCUCUUAAUGACAUUUUUAUACUCGACACAUUAAGCUUAACUUGGACACAAGGAUCUUCUGUUGAUGCACCAACGGCACGUGCGGACUUUUCUGCUACACUUUUAAAUAAUGGUCUUAUACUUUAUAUAGGAGGUGGUGACAAUAUUAAUAUGGCCGAGGUUGCUGCUGGUGAUACAAUAGACCCUAGAAGUGGCCACACUGCCGUAUUAUCCCCAGAUGGACAUGUUAUAAUUUACGGUGGAACUAAAAAUAACAGUGCUUUAGAUCAAAGUCAACAGUUGGCUUCAUUAGAUACAACCGUUAAUCCAUAUAAUAAUAAUGUUUAUGACUUGAAUAAUAAGAAUACACAAUUAUUCCUUCUUGAUACUCAAAAUUAUAUGUGGGUCACGGACACAUUGCAACAACCUAAUGCCACUACUUCACCUAAUCCUCAAAAUCCUUCAGUUACUUAUAUUCAAACUGUCGUUGCUUCAAAUUCUAAUGCAUUAAAUACAGGUGUAAUAGUGGCGAUUCCUAUA